AUGGCCGACUCUGAAUACAACGCCGAGGAGGCUGCCGCCCUCAAGGCCAAGAGAUCCUUCAAGAAGUUCACCUACCGUGGUAUCGACCUUGACCAGCUCCUCGACCUCUCCUCCGAGCAGCUCCGCGAUGUCGUCCACGCCCGUGCCCGCAGACGCUUCAACCGUGGUCUCAAGCGCAAGCCCAUGGGUCUGAUCAAGAAGCUCCGCAAGGCCAAGCAGGAGGCCAAGCCCAACGAGAAGCCCGACCUCGUCAAGACCCACCUCCGUGACAUGAUCAUUGUCCCCGAGAUGAUCGGCUCCGUCGUCGGUGUCUACUCCGGUAAGGAGUUCAACCAGGUCGAAGUCAAGGCCGAGAUGGUCGGUCACUACCUUGGUGAAUUCUCCAUCUCAUANNCAAGCCCGUCAAGCACGGUCGCCCCGGUAUUGGUGCCACCCACUCUUCCCGUUUCAUUCCCCUCAAGUAAGCGGGACAUGUACUCGAAGAUGCUACGGUCAACAAAAGUUUGGGAAUAG